AUGUUCCUCUCCGUGCUGCUCACACCGUGGGCGCUCUUGGCGUUACCGUUGCUCUUCUACGUCCUCCCAUUCAUCCGCAACUGGUCCAUUCAAGAUGUCCCUGGUCCCAUCCUGGCCAAGUUUACCAACUUAUGGUACAUGUACGAAUGCCGGCGUUGCCGACGGUAUCUCACCGUACACAAGCUGCAUGAGAAGUACGGCAAAUUCGUGCGCGUCCAACCAGAUCAUAUUUCCAUCGCGGAUCCAGAGGCUAUCCCAAUCGUGUAUGGCCAUGGUACAGGAACCUUGAAGUCCCAGUACUAUGAUGCAUUUGUCUCUAUCCAGCGUGGGCUCUUCAACACGAGAGAUCGUCAUGAGCACACCCGCAAACGAAAGACGGUUUCUCAUACCUUCAGCGCCAAGAGUGUGGGCCAGUUUGAGCAAUACAUUCACCACAACCUGGAGCUUCUGGCCACGAGAUGGGACGAACUCAGCGAGAAGAGCCAAGGAAAGUACGCCACAUUUGAUGCUCUUCACUGGUUCAACUAUGUUGCAUUCGAUAUCAUCGGAGAUUUGGCCUUUGGCGCACCGUUCGGAAUGUUGGAGAAGGGGGCAGACAUCGCAGAGGUCCGAUUAGAUCCAAAUGGUCCUGCGACUUACGCCCCUGCGAUUGAAGUGUUGAACCGAAGAGGAGAAGUCUCGAACGCUGUGGGUUGCUGGCCUGCGAUCAAGCCGUAUGCAAAGUACCUCCCGGACCCCUUCUUCAGCAAAGGCAUGGCAGCCAUUGCCAAUCUUGCCGGAAUCGCAACUGCUCGUGUAAAUGCACGGCUUGCGGCUGCAGAGAAUGGAGAAAUCACACGUGUUGAUCUGCUUGCGAGAUUGAUGGAAGGCAAGGAUGAGAAUGGCCAGAAGUUGGGUCGCGCAGAGUUGACUGCAGAGGCACUCACUCAGCUCAUCGCCGGAUCCGACACCACCUCUAACACUUCCUGUGCGCUACUAUUCCACUGUCUCACCAAGCCGAACGUCGUCAAGAAGCUUCAGGUGGAGCUUGACGCCGCACUUCCCAGUGAUGCCGUUCCCUCCUUCGACCAAGUCAAGGAUCUAAAGUACAUGGACAUGGUCAUCCAGGAAACACUUCGCAUCCACAGCACUUCUUCCCAGGGUCUUCCGCGUGUUGUGCCUCCUGGRGAUGGGUUGGAUGUUGCAGGGCGGCAUUUCCCUCAAGGUGUUGUGCUCAGCGUUCCCGCAUAUGUCAUGCACCAUAGCAAGGAGAUCUGGGGUCCUGAUGCCGAUGAAUUCCGUCCUGAGAGAUGGGAGAAGAUCACAGAGAGACAGAAGCUUGCCUUCAUCCCGUUUUCGUUUGGUCCACGUGCUUGUGUUGGAAGGAAUGUUGCUGAGAUGGAGCUGGCCCUCAUUGUUGCUACCGUCUUCCGGAGAUACGAGUUUGAGUUGUAUCAAGAUAAGCUGGAGACCCGAGAGGGCUUCCUUCGCAAGCCAUUGGGACUUGAAGUGGGAAUGCGGAGGCGGCAGUCGAAGUCAUAG